AAGUUAUCAUUUAGCAAUCGAUCACGAUUUAUGAUUUCCUUCGUACUAACAAUACAAUUCUUAAAAAAUUAAUUUAUCAGUUCUGUUUCGAAUGCAGUGCAGUGUUGACAAACAAAUAAAAUACUAAAAAAAUAAUAAAUAAUUUGUUUAAAGUGCAAAACUAUAAUGCCAAAUUAUGGAGGUUUCCAUCGAUCUUGGAUCCAAAAUCAUAAUAAAUAUAAAACCCAGUGCAAUUCUUUGUCUGCUGCAUGGAUGAUUUUCAUUUCUGGUGGCAUGAAAAUAGCUUGGGCGAUUUAUGAACAACCCCUGGUUAAAUCUCACAAUUCAAUUUUUGGACUAAUUCAUACAACAAUAUCAUGGUUUAUUGGAGUAAUCGUAGGAACAAAAUUUGCCACAAUGUUUGUACAAAGAUUUUCAAAAAAUGUUGCUAAUUGUAUCAGCGGAGUUUUGGUGAUCAUUAGCGGUUCAGUUUUUACAUUCUUCCGUGAUCCCUGCAUUGGUGUUAUCGUUGGACGUUACAUAGAUGGCUGUGCAUUUGGAAUAACCAUACUUCAAGCAAUAGUAACUGGUGGAGAGGUUUCAACUCGCCUUCUUCGUGGAACGGUUCUAUCAACCGAACGUGUAUUUCUUUGGGUUGGAAUCUUUGGACAAAUCUGUUUGAGUACGAUAUAUUUUGACAAAGCAAAUCAUCAAAAUGAUUUUAUAACCGAAGAUCAAAUUCAUGGUAUUGUGUCAAUUAUUUUGGGACUACUAUCUCUCAUCUGCACAGCAAUGUUUGCUAUUGAAUCUCCUGUCUAUUUACAUAUUAACCAUCGAGAGUCAGAGUCAAUAAGAUCAUUAAUGAAACUGCAACAAAGUAAACACCCUACAAAUGACAUUUUCGAAAUCUUCGAUGAUAAUAAACUCUGGAUUAGAGAAAAUGCAGAACAAAGUUUCCAGGAAGAAAUUCAAAAUGGAAUGUUGGUAUUUCUAAAGCUAGUUUUUCUACGAUCGCUGGUUUCUCUGGCACUGUCACUGCCGUUUCAUUGGGCAUUUCAUUUAUGUAGCCGAAUGGCGUUCGAUUCGAAUAUGCUUUUGGUGGGCUAUGGAUUCUUAGGACUUCUUGGAAGUGUUUUAAGUGUUCUAUUCAUGGAUACUAUUGGGCGUCGGUUAACAGCUUCAUUUUCAUUAUGUAUCGGUGGAACUUUGCUCUUCGCUAUUGCCGGGACAUUUUUGGAAUUCGAAACAACCAUUGACCUUGCAGAUAAAAUGAAAGUCGUAACAAUUUUGUUACUUGUCUAUCAAUUUAUCAAUGCUUUUGGAUUAGCUCCCGCUACAACAAUUUAUAUGUCUGAGGCAUUUGCUCUUCCAUUGAAAUCAUGUUUUAUUGCUGGAAUAAUUGUCGUUGAUAAUUUGAUUCAGGUGAUCACUUGUGUUUUAGCUUUCAAUAUGACAGUUGAUUAUUCGGCCUUUUUCUUCACUGUUGGAGUGCUGAAUUGUGUUGGAGGGCUUGUGGUGGUAUUUUGGUUACCAGAAACUAAGAAAUUAACUUUGAGGGAAUGUUAUCAUAGAUUCUCAAGAUCGGGAGAUGUUACUUGAGAUUAGUGCGAUGCUUUUAGAGUAUUAUUAAUUUGUAAUUAAGAAUCUUGAAUGAAUUUCAUCAUAUCUAACAUAAACAUAAAAAUAUAUACAAAAUGUGCCAUUUAUUUAUAUAAACAUAUUAAAUUUAAGACUUUAUAACAUAAACUUAAUUUACUAAUAAAUAUUAA